AUGGUGGAAGAGGGCUGGUUGCACUUGGUUAUAAAAUUCACAGAAAUGGUCUCAAUAAAGGGGAAGAAGGAGGUUCGUCUGUUGCGGAAGGAUAUCUCUUCUGGUAGCCCUUCUAGUAGCUCUUCUAUUGAUGGACUUCUUAACGGAAACAGGAAACCCAAAGCUGAGGUUGCUGACAAGAAACAAAAUGGGAAUAGGAAACCCGAAGUUGAGGUCACUGACACAAAUUUGAAUAGCGAAAAGUUUGAUGACAGUCAUGAUGAUGAGGUUCCAGGUGGAGAUGAGAAUGACGGUAGUAGUCUGUUCGUGGUGGCGUUAGAAAUGGCCCGUGAAUCUUGUUUGACAAUGGACCCCUUAAAUUCCGGUUUAUAUAGUCUAGAAGUUUUGAAGAAAAAAAGACCAGAUUAUGAAAACUGGGUUGGCUUGUAUGUGAGUCGGAUUGUGAAAACUGGGUUAGUUUGUAUGUGUGUAGGAUUGUAUUGGUGGUUGUUUUUUUUGUGA